GUCAGUUUGAUCGAGACGAGCGAAGCGACAAGCUCGAAGCGGCAUGGGGAAGGUGACGGCGGCGUCGCAGCGCCGCGACGCCCUGGCGACGCUGGCGAUCCAAGGCGUCUUUGCGGCGCUGCUGGCCGUGUACGGCACGUACGAUGGCGGCGCGGACGCCUCCCGCCGGUCGACGGGCAACUCCACGGCCGAGGACGACGUCGUCGACAAGUUCUACCCGAUGUUUCAGGAUGUCCACGUUAUGAUAUACAUAGGAUUCGGUUUCCUUAUGACAUUCCUGAAGAAGUACUGCUACAGCGCGACAGGCUUCACUUUGCUGCUUGGAGCCAUGCUAGUCCAGUGGGCCGUGCUUUGCAAAGGGUUCUUCCACCUAGACCCGGUUGACCACAAAAUUCACAUCGGCAUUGAGAGUUUGUUGAAUGCAGAUAUUGCUGUGGCGGCAGUCCUGAUUUCGAUGGGUGCUGUCCUGGGUAAAACAACCCCCCUGCAGCUCCUGGUGAUGGGGAUAAUCGAAAUAGUGGCAUUCACUUCGAACGAGUACAUUGGAGUGAAUAUAUUUAAGGCCGUCGACGCCGGCGGCUCCAUGUACGUCCACGUGUUCGGCGCAUACUUCGGCCUCGGCGCGAGCUUGGCGCUGCAGCACGGCAAAGUGCUGGCCGCGGAGAGCGGCGGAGGAGGGGGCAGCAGCAACGAGGGAGCCUCGUACACUUCGGACACGUUCGCCAUGAUCGGAUCUAUAUUCCUGUGGCUGUUCUGGCCCAGCUUCAACGCUGGCCUGUGCGUCGGAGACGAACGACACCGCGCGGUGAUCAACACCUACUUCUCUCUGGCAAGCUGUUGUGUCGUCGCCUUCGCGACGUCUGCCCUUCUCGGCAAGGACCACAAGUUGAACAUGGUCCACAUUCAAAACUCAACGCUUGCAGGAGGGGUUGCUAUAGGAACGGUCGCUAACAUGAUGGUCUACCCAUAUGGAGCUCUUCUGAUUGGUGCUGCUGCAGGUGUUCUGUCGGUCAUUGGCUACCACUACAUCCAGCCCUUCCUGCUGAGGAGCGUGAAGCUGCACGACACGUGCGGGGUGCACUACCUCCACGGACUGCCCGGCGUGCUGGCGGGGGCGGCAGGCGCGGCGGCGGCGGCGGCGGCGGGCGAGCGGGACUACGGCCGCGCCCUGCACGCCGUCUUCCCGGCCCGCGCACCGGGCGAGGGACGCACUGCCGGCGCCCAGGCGGGCUACCAGCUGCUGGCGUUGGGCGUCAGCGCGCUGUUCGCCGGCGUCAGCGGCGCCGCCACAGGUAUAAUUCUCAAAACACAAGUCUUUGCAGACGUGCCCCAAGAAUGUUUCUUUGACGACAAAUUGUACUGGGACGUACCAGAAGCCAGCUCAAGCAGCAGCCACAAGAAAGAUCAGGGAGAUUGUGGAGAUGACAACAACGAGGUAGAGACUGGGCGCGACAAAGUAAUAACAUCCUCUGACAUUCCGCUCAACAACCAGGGCACAUCGUAAACAAUCAUACCAACCACCAGUUGGUUUACGCCGUGGUCAAUUUAUCGUCUUGUCCUGGAUGCAGGUGGAAAUGACCUCAAUGUGCUUCUAGGGGUCUCAACGCUAACCACGGAAUAUGUCGGAGCACCAAGGUUUAUAUCUUAAACAGCUCCGUCUGAAGGCAUAAAGAGAAAAUGGCUGCAAAAUUCUCUUUCCCUCAAAACUCAAAUUCACCACAAAUUGUCAGUACUGCAACAAACCUAUUUUUAUCACUUUUCCUCACAAAAAUGUGUAAUAUUGAAUGUGUAACUAGAAUUUAAUAAAAGUUAAUUGAACUAAUUUUUCCUAAUCAAGCGCUUGUUAGUAUGUUAAUAACUUAGGAAAAAUAUACAAUACAAAUAAAAAAUAUGGUGCAAAAAAUAUUACUUCAAAUAAAGUCAAGUGUGGUACAAAUGUAGUAUCUUGGACACUUGUUGGAAAUGCAUACUUUUAUAAAACACAAAAAUCAUUCAUCAUACAAUAUAAAAAUAACCUUAAGAGUUUAAAAAAUGUUAUCUUUAAUAUAUUUAUACAAAAAUUACUUCUUACAAACUUUGUCAUCUUUUUGUACAUAAAGCUUAUGAGUUACAAAACUGUACAGAUACCAACUCAAAUAAUAGUUAACAAACUACAGACACAGUCUUAAGUAUAAAAAUAUUGAGCAACAUCUUUAAGAUCAUAUCUAUGCUAAAACAUUUAUGAUGUGAUCAAAAUUACCAUUCCAAAUGUCCUCCAGUUACCUUCAAUUCUAAAAAUGUAUCACUGUUACCACAACACUAUUCUAAUUCAUGAAAAAGACAAUGCUUUAGUUCAUUGUUCAUUGCAACCAGCUAGUUUUCAAUCUCUUGAUCAUUUUUUUAAGCUCUGAUGUUUCUCAAAAAAUUUCCGUGAAGAUUUUUGGGAAUUCUUGUUUUUAUAUCAUUUUUAAAUAUGGCUAAUAAGCAAGCAAAAAUUAAAACACACAUUGCCUAUAAAAUAAAACUUUAUCAGAACAAUGUUUUCAUUUUUCAGAAGACUAAUUUAAUAAGGCUAUAAUAACCGUUUUUAUUUCAAAUAUGUUUCUACAAUGUAUUAUAACUAAUGUAAAAUAAACAUGAUUUCAUUGUU